AUGAAUGCAGUUGGAAGCAAAGAUAGGGAAGGAGACAAACUGUAUAAAGUGGAAGAAAAACAGGUUAGGAAUUACUUAGAAAAGCCAGUUACUUUCAGGUUGGCAGGAUCAGAUGGGAUGGACCUUUGGAUACUGAACAAAUUGGCUGGGGUAUUUUCAGAACCAUUAGCUAUCCUCUCUGAGAACUCAUGGAGGUUGGAAUGGGACGUCUCUGCCAUUGAGGCUACAUAUCUAAACAGAAUUACGAUCCAAAAUCUCAACACAAGGGACAGAAAGUCAGCACAUACUCCCACCGAGGACCCUUUUAGAUAUUCAUCGGGCAACCAAGCAACUGCCUACGAGACCAAAAGCUGUCAGCUGUCAAAUCUGUGUCGGAGCAACCUCCUGAAAGAUAAAGAAAUAGUGGAAGUCGUCAAGCACACAAGAGGCACAUAUGAAACCCUCACUUCUAAUGUCACCCAUAAUCUUUUGGCCAACACUGCGCAAAAUACAGUAAAGCCAGCACCCAAGGCAGAAAACUUCCCUGUAUUUUCAGGGGCUCCAAAGGAUCAGACUGCUAUACCGCGGCAGCAUUCCACAUUCACAGGAAGACUUGGACAGCCUCCAAGGGGACCAAUUUCCUUACACAUGUACAGCAGGAAAAAUGUUUUCCUUCAUCAUAAUAUACAUACUGCAGAGCUGCAGACUUUAGGUCAACAAGAUGGGUAA